AGUUGUAACGUUAGCAACCACGCUGAGCGACAGGAACGGUUAACGUAGUUAAAUGUGAAGGUUUGCUCUUUGAAUUAUGCUUCUCAACACUGACUGAAUUUGUAAACCAGUCAUCGGGUGAAACUGGAACUACCUGUGAAGGCGGAUCUCUCAUUAUCGUUCAGAGAAGCGUGGGUGAGUGAUGCCGCCGUCCAGCUGCGAUUGCCCCCACCUGGAUUGUGUGGGGGAGAUCACUAAAGAGGAACUUAUUCAGAAAUCACAUGGCCAGUGCCAAGACUGUAAAGUUGGAGGACCAAAUCUGUGGGCAUGUUUGGAGGAUGGCUGUGCUUAUGUGGGCUGCGGGGAAUCUCACACUGACCACAGCACGGUCCACUCACAGGAAACAAGGCAUAACCUGACAGUGAACCUGACCACUCUUCGAGUUUGGUGCUAUGCCUGUGGCAAGGAGGUUUUCCUGGAGCGUAAACUGGGCCCUCAUUCGCCCCAUGCUAACAGCAAACCCCUCGCUUCUCCGCAGAAUGCUGGCCAGGAUAAUGCCAGGGCCCCUGGGAGCCCAACCUCCCUGAGAGUGCCCCCUAAUGGUGGCUGUGAAGACCUAGACAUGGAAACAGAGGAGGAAGAUGACCUGCGUGCUAGAGGCCUCACAGGUCUGAAAAACAUAGGCAACACCUGCUACAUGAACGCAGCGCUCCAGGCACUGUCUAACUGUCCGCCCUUGACACAGUUCUUUCUUGAAUGUGGAGGCCUGGUGAGGACGGACAAGAAGCCUGCACUCUGCAAAAGCUACCAGAAGCUAGUGUCAGACCUGUGGCACAAGAACAGACCCUCCUAUGUGGUCCCAACUAACCUGUUCCAAGGGAUCAAAGCCAUAAACCCCAUGUUCAGAGGAUACUCUCAGCAGGAUUCCCAGGAAUUUUUACGCUGCCUGAUGGAUCAACUCCAUGAGGAGCUGAAGGAGCCGCUGUCCGAGCCCUACGACCGGUCCAGCAGCAUCACCGUGGAUGACAGUCCCGAGGAGGAUAGCCACAGCCAGUCCGACAAUGACUUCCAGUCGUGUGAGUCGUGUGGCAGCAGCGAGCGGGCGGAUGAGAUGCAAGGCAGUAACAUGCUGAUGGACGACACCAACGAGGCCGAGAUGCUGAUUCCUGAGCAAGAUGAGAUUCAGGCCAACAGGGAGUGGCAGAAGGAAAAGAACAUGAUUAAUGACCUUUACCGCUCUGGGGUUAAUGGUGUUGUUGGUGGAAGCACUGGAGCGGACAUGGACAAAGAUGUUGACACAACUACUGAGACCACGCCUAUUAUUAGCAGCCAGGGAGCCAUCAAGAUUCAGGGCAGAACAUCAGAUUCCUUCCCAGACAUCCAGUUGUCAAACAAUACGAUCCAUCCAAGACCACAGAGUCCUGUCCCCAUGGAAGGACAUGUUCCAAAAAUGUCCAGCAGCCCACCCAAAGCUACCUCUGGGUGGCCCAGCCUUAACCCUGUACACAAGAAAGCGGUGACCACAUUCUCCCCGCCAAAGAAUAAGCGUCAGAAGAAGUAUCGCAGUGUCAUCUCAGAUGUGUUUGAUGGGACCAUUGUCAGCUCAGUUCAGUGCCUCACCUGUGAUCGGGUGUCUGUGACCCUGGAGAACUUCCAGGAUAUUUCAUUGCCCAUCCCAGGGAAAGAAGACCUGGCUAAGCUCCAUUCCUCCACCCACCAGACCUCUCUGGUAAAAGCUGGCUCCUGUGGGGAAGCAUAUGCACCACAGGGCUGGAUUGCCUUUGUCAUGGAGUAUAUCAAGAGUUGGUUCUGGGGUCCAGUGGUUACACUACAAGACUGUCUUGCAGCCUUCUUUGCAAGAGAUGAAUUAAAAGGAGACAAUAUGUAUAGCUGUGAAAAAUGCAAGAAAUUACGAAAUGGAGUCAAAUUCUGUAAAGUGCAAAGUUUGCCAGAGAUCCUGUGCAUCCACUUAAAGCGCUUCAGACAUGAACUGAUGUUCUCCACCAAGAUAAGCACUCAUGUCUCCUUCCCACUUGAAGGCCUGGAUCUGCAGCCUUUUCUGGCUAAAGACAGUUCUGCCCAGACCACCAACUACGACCUGCUGUCAGUCAUCUGUCACCACGGCACUGCCAGCAGUGGCCACUAUAUAGCCUACUGCAGGAAUGACGCCAACAAUUUAUGGUAUGAAUUUGACGACCAAAGUGUGACAGAAGUCUCAGAGUCCUGCGUCCAGAAUGCUGAGGCUUACGUGCUGUUCUAUAAAAAGAGCAAUGAAGAUUCAGUGAAAGAACGUAGGAGGGUGUCGGGGUUAUUCAACAUGAUGGAGCCCAGUCUUCUGCAGUUCUACAUCUCUCGACAGUGGCUGAACAAGUUCAAGACCUUUGCCGAGCCAGGGCCCAUAUCCAACGAUGACUUCCUUUGUUCUCAUGGAGGUGUACCACCCAAUAAAGCCACCUACAUUGAUGAUCUGGUCAUAAUGCUGCCACAGAACGUGUGGGAUCACCUAUACAGCAGGUACGGAGGGGGACCAGCUGUCAACCACCUGUAUGUCUGCCACACGUGCCAGAUCGAGAUAGAAAAACUGGAGAAGCGGCGCAAGGCAGAGCUGGACAUGUUCAUCCGACUGAACAAGGCGUUCCAGGAGGAGGAGUCUCCAGUGGUCAUAUACUGCAUCAGCAUGCAGUGGUUUCGUGAAUGGGAGGGCUUUGUGAAGGGAAAAGACAACGACCCUCCAGGACCUAUUGAUAAUUCUAAGAUAACGGUGAACAAGAAUGGACAUCUAACACUGAAGCAAGGAGCUGACUCUGGGCAGAUUUCUGAGGAAACGUGGAACUUCCUCCACUCUAUUUACGGCGGCGGUCCUCUGGUGACGGUUCGGCCAAGCGUCAGCCACCAAGAAACAGAAUCAUCACAGUCAGAGGAGAAGAUAGAGGUGGAGACGCGCUCCGUCUAAUCAAGCACUCUACAGCAAACAAACAAAACAUUUAAGAAAUGAAAAGCCUUUUUAUUUUGCACUUGACUUUUAUUUCAAAAGCAUUCAAGCAAAGGACCUCAUCUUUACUGCUACGUGACAGCCUUUGACAGCAGACAGAGGGAAUUAACAUGUCUCAAGAGGUUUGUCAUGUUGUACAAAUCUGUAUAAAGAGCUCUUAAAUUUCUAUUAGCACUGUAGUAUUCAUGUCAGGAUGUUUCUGAACCAAGCAUUUAAAUUAAGUGCAGCUAAAAAUUUCACUGAAUGCCAUAUUUCUUUUUUUCUUGACCAAAUGAGCACAUAUUGUAUGUUCAUGUGUCUUGUGUUGCUGAUAUUGAUGAAUCACAAUACAUCUUGCUGUAGAUACAACUCACUUUUCCUGUUGUAAGAGAAUAUUGUUUAAUGAAUGGUAAGAAGAGCAAAUUAUUACACUUCAAGUGAUGAAAGGUUAUGAAGGGACUAAUUACUGACUAGUCUCAGGAAUGAAAUUUGUGUUUUGCACUGUUCCGUAGACUUACAACUUGGCAUGCUCAUGCAAAUGUCUGGUUUGUAUGUGAAUGUACCAGUACUGAUAGUAUGUUGGUAAGAAUUCAGCACUUGGUUAUUUAUCACAGAAGGGAGUGAUUUAGUAUGAUGUUGAUAGAUUUUGUAGAAUACACAUAGCAGGCAAAAGUCUGUUAAGGAUGCAUGCUAUAACACUCAGUUUCAGCAUAACAUCACAUGUAAAUGCAUGUAAAUGCAAGGCUGCUCAUAAAAUGUGCACGCACAUCACAAUCUGGAUCAGUCUUAACUAAACUGUAGCUGCGGAAACCGUAUUGCAGUAUGUAAUCAGCAUCAUCAGCAAUCUGAUUAAUUAAAGGCAUUAUUUUUGUGUAUGGGCAUGGUGUUGCUUUAUGUGUUGGCUGAUAGGGGGUAGACAGAAUGCUGUACUGUAAGUCACUGCAUAUGGAUGUCCCUAGAGUAAGAUCUAUGAUGAUUUUUGCUGGCUGACACCAUUAAAACUUGAUGAAAACAUGCAGA